CUUUCUGGCCUUACCUUUUCGAUAUCUGAUUAAAAACCUUUUUCCGACCAAAGAGAUCACUAGUGAAGAAGACGCGAACAAGGAUCCUGAGAAAGGUUAACGCACAAAGUCCAUUGAGCGAGAAGAUACGAGGGAAGCGAUUCUUCUACGUUCAGAUACAUCAUUCGAUUAUCGAUUUCGGAGUUCUCUCCCUCCAAUUAGGUUUUUAUUGCUUCUGAGACAAAUAUGGCAGUGUACGAUCAUAGCGGAGAGAUCAAUAGAACUGAACCGGAUACGUCUAAGAAAAGGAAGUCGAGAAGUAGGCGUGAUGGUACUACCGUGGCUGAUAGGCUUAAGAAGUGGAAAGAGUACAACGACACGGUAGAAGAGAGUCCCAGCAAGAAACGGAAAGUACCUGCUAAAGGUUCGAAGAAAGGCUGCAUGAAAGGGAAAGGAGGACCUGAGAACGGUCGAUGUAGUUUCAGGGGAGUUAGGCAGAGGACUUGGGGUAGAUGGGUAGCUGAGAUUAGAGAGCCUAAUAGAGGAAGCAGGCUUUGGCUUGGCACUUUCCCCACUGCUGAAAAAGCUGCCUCUGCUUAUGACGAGGCGGCUAAGGCUAUGUAUGGUCCGCUUGCUCGUGUUAAUUUUCCUCAGUCUUCUGUGUCUGAUGUGACUAGUACUUCGAGUCGGUCUGAGGUGUGUACGGUUGAGACUCCCAGCGUUGUUCAUGUGAAAACAGAGGAUGGAGAUUCCUUUUUAUCUGAAGCUAAGCCUGUGGAUCGUGUGGAGAAUGACGUCCAUGAGAGUGCAAUAGAGAUGAAGAGGGACCUUAAGGUAGAUGAUCCAGGCAUGGAUUGGUUAAGCGAGUUUGAACAGAGGUGUUGGACUGGACUUCUUGAGGAGAAGCAAAAACACAAGGAGCAAGAAAUAGUCGUAGGUAGCAACUCUCAGAAACAGUCGGAUUCGCUCUCUGUUUCAGAUUACGGUUGGCCUGAGGAUAUGAAUCAGAAUCAGUGGGACGCUGCGGAGAUGUUUGAUGUUGCUGAGCUUCUUGGUGACUUAAACGGCGACAUUUUUACAGGCGCGAACCAGAACCAAUGCCUGGACGACAAUGUCGCCGGUGGAAUGUCUGAACCUGGAAAGCUACAUAUUGGGUUGCCCCCGCUGCCAAGUAUUGGCUCAGGCUACGGAUUGCCUCCCCCGCCUCACGAGGAACAAAAUGGUAAUGACUUCUUCGAUCUGAGUUUCUUGGAUGUGAAGGACUGAGACGGUGGGGUGCAGUUGGAUGGCGUUGGAUUCGUUUUUUUUUUUUGCCUUGAUGGCUUGAUCGCAUACGACUGUUGAGACUCUUAUCUAAGUUUUUACUGAUAUAGAGAUCCUCAAAAUACUCUGAUAAUUCCUCUUUAAAAAAGAGAACUGUAUAUACUGUGAGAUAACGUUUCAUAUAGUAACAGAGAGAAGUUUGUAGUGUUA